UAAAAGGCUCGUGCUCCAACUCUUCUUCCGACACUUCUCCCUCCCGGACACCCGACCGACGACCUCAACAUGUCAGAUCUCACAGUCGCCAUGGCCCUUCUCAUGAAGGUCUUUGACAAGUAUGCGUCGGUAGAUGGGGACCCAAAAACUCUGAACAAGGCUGAGGUGAAGAAUCUGCUGACGGCUGAGCUACCUGGACUCGAGCAGGCGAUUGAGUGCAAAGACAUGGCUGCCAGCUUGAUCAAAGAUCUGGAUAUAAACAGCGACGACAAGCUCGACUUCACCGAGUUUAUGGUGCUGGUGACGGCGCUGAGCUGCAUCCUCAAGGAUUAACCCAGAACCAGAGGCUGUCUCAGACUGUGUUGUUAACAUCAAAUAAAACCAUGAAA